AGUCCUACUUUUCUGAGCAGGUAUUUUCAAAGAGAGCUGGUAGGAAAGGUUUCAGGACAUGUCCAAUUAGGAAACUUUAUAAGAGUUAGACACUUCUGUAGGUUGAUAGUAGUUCUAACUUCCGGCUGGGCUGAAAACUGCUUGUUUUGUGGAAGAGUAAAACUCAGAAACAAACAUCAAAAAUGAAAAGCCUCCCAACUUUUGAGGAACAAACGGAAUGCAUUGUGGAUGCUCUGCUCAAGGAAUUCUUGGGCCCAGCACCACAGGUGGCUAAUCGGACCCUAACCUCUGAAGACAAACCUGAUUCAGGAGAGGCUUCCGCUUUUGACUGCACUAUCAUUGUUGGUCGCCUUCGGUUGUUGGGGGACCAGAUUAAUGAAGAGGUGGAAGCUUCUGUCAAAAACUUUGCAGGAACCAUUCAGGGACAGGUAGGACCUGAACUCGAGGAAACAGUGAACAAACUCAGCGAGGAAUGGCGUGCCCAGAAUUCCAGCUUAGCUUCUGAGAUAGCCUUUCUGGCAGUGCUUGUGAAACUUUGGGAGUGUGUGGCCUGCAGGGCUCCUGAAAUAGCAAGGCAGAUGGCUAGCCCCAUCAUGGAUAUGAUCAAUGGGAAAGGAGCCAUCCGGGAAUUCAUCCAGGCCCAAGGAGGCUGGGAAAAUCUGGAGAGCUGAAGAAGUGGAGCUAUUCCCAAGAGUGAACAUCAUUUCUUUGAUUUUGUGAUUGAUUUCUGGAGUUAAAUCAAAAGACACUUUCAUCAUUUGAUCAGAACUAAAUUUAGUACAAUAAAUUAUUUUCUACUGAUUGUUAAAGUUGGAAGCAGUUCCCAAAAGCCUACAGACAUUUUCUACUUUCUGUUCUUACAUUGAGUGUUAAUGAAGUUCUGUUAAAGCAGAGACCUCCAGACAGAAAGUAAUGACUUGUUAGUGAUAGAAUUCCAGGCAAUGGGGCAGGCCUUUGUUAGAUGUAUUUUGGGGGAAAGGGAGAA